CAUCAAGAAAUAUAUAGUCUCUCAAUUUAUUUGCAAAUUAGCUAAUUCAAAAAAAAAAAAAAAACAUGGCAUCCAACUUAGGAAAGAUUGAUGUUGAAGUUGAGGUGAAAACUCCAGCAGACAAAUUUUGGAAUGGCAUUAGGGACUCCACAAAUCUGUUCCCUAAGGCUUCUCCUCAUGAAUACAAAAGCAUUGAAGUUGUUGAAGGUGAUGGCAAGUCUGUUGGUUCUGUUCGAUUGAUCAAGUAUUCUGAAGGGUCUCCAUUGGUCACAUUCUCAAAAGAGAAAAUAGAGUCAAUUGAUGAGGGAAACAAAACAUUGGUUUACGCUGUUAUUGAUGGUGAAACAUUGAAAUACUACAAGAGUUUCAAAGGCAGCCUAACUGUAACUCCAAAGGGAAAUGGAAGUUUGGUUAAGUGGUGUUGUGAAUUUGAAAAGGCAAGUGAUGAAAUUCCUGAGCCACAAAUCAUUAAAGAUUUUGCUGUCAAGAAUUUCAAGGAUCUUGAUGCUUAUCUUAUUGGGGCAUAAAGACCUCAUGACAUGUUGUGGGAGAAAUAAUUAUCAUAUAGUAUAUGGUUUAAUAAAAUAAAAUUAUCUGCAGAAAAUCAAACUAGACUUUACUUUUCUAGUAAUGUAACAAAAAUUUAAAUAAAUGAAAGUUGGCUAUGGAAAGUAUGAUGCUAGUUAUGGCAUCUGUGUUCCAUUUGCCUGGAAUUGGCUUUACAUGAGUUCAGUUUCUACUAAUAAUAAUGGGGUAAGACCUUAUUACCAUA